AUGGACGAGGAACAUCUUCACGAUGAUCUGCGUGUUUUUAAAGACAGAAACUUCCUCCCGCUGAGGCUGAGAUCUUUUUUCACGGUAUACUUGCUACUGGGCCUCUUCUUUUUGCUGAUCAUCACCCUGUUUGCUGUGUCGCUCUCCAGAGUUUCAGCCAUUUCUUCUAAACUCAACGAUGUGCAGCUGGAACGGAAACAGAAUUUUUCUGACAGGGAUUUUCUCCUGUUUCCCUGCGGACCUGGCUCAAGGGAAUGGGAAUACUUUAAUGGAAAAUGUUACUACUUCUCCCUAACCAGAAUGAGCUGGUACAAGGCAAAGGCUCAGUGCGAAGAGAUGCACUCGCAGUUGGCUAUCAUUAACAGCUACGCCAAGCAGAAUUUUGUCAUGUUCAGGACAAGGAAUGAACGUUUCUGGAUCGGGCUCACGGAUGAGAAUGUGGAGGGGGAAUGGGAAUGGAUCGACGGGACCGACUAUAAAACCACGUUCACAUUUUGGAAGGAGGGUGAGCCCAACAACAGCGGCAACGAAGACUGUGCCCACAUCUGGAUCUCUGGGAAGUGGAAUGAUGUCUACUGCACCUAUGAGUGCUUCUACAUCUGCGAAAAGCCUCUGCCCAACUGA